CCUCCCGCUCGCCCCGCGCCCUAGCGGCGGCCGCGGCGGCCCAGGGCUGAGGCGAGAGGCGGCCGCCUGCCGGAGGGCCGCGGGGUUGCUCCGGUUUCCAGGGCAUGUUGUGAUGGCUUCUGAGAAGAGACUGCAAGAACUAAAAAUCAUUUAGCUGCUUGUUUAGUACAAGAUGACAUUGGAUAACGUUCUCUGAACUAACCAAUGAAAUGUAGAAGAUGAAGAGAGGCCUGUCAGUGUGAAAAAAAUUCAACCAGAGUAUUUUAAAACAGAAAUUAUUUUGCCUAACAAAAUUGUAUGUUGAUUUUUAAAAAGAAUACGGGGUGCUUUGCAUUCAGGAAUACAGAAAAAACAGCAAAGUGGAGUCAAGUACACGUAACAGCUUCAUGGGCUUGAAGGAUCACCUGGGACAUGACCUCAGCCACCUUUAUGUGGAGAGCACUGACCCACAGUUAAGUGCAGCUGUACCUUGGUCAACAGUAGAAAAACCAACAAUGGAUACAGUUAAUGCCGGAAAGGAAGAAAAAAAGGUGUGUGAAGAGAAUGCGAGCUCUGGGGACUCUGAAGAAAGCACAAAUUCAGAUCACGAGUCAGAACAAUUGAGUAGCAUUUCAGUAGAACCAUGCUUAUUAACCAAUACUCACAGACAACUAUGUAGAUCUCCCUGUUUAGAGCCUCAUAUACUCAAACGCAAUGAAAUUUUGCAAGACUUUAAACCCGAAGAGUCCCAGACUACAUCCAGGGAAGUGAAGAAACCCCCUGAUGUGGUACGAGAAUACCAAACAAAACUGGAGUUUGCACUUAAGUUAGGUUAUUCUGAAGAACAGGUUCAGCUUGUGCUAAACAAACUUGGUACCGAUGCUUUAAUCAAUGAUAUUUUAGGAGAACUUGUCAAACUUGGGAAUAAAAGUGAGGCUGAUCAAACAGUUAGUACAAUUAACAGUGUAAUGCGGGAAACGUCAUCCCUGGAAUCUCAGAGAUCUGAAUCUCCGAUGCAAGAGGUUGUGACAGAUGACGGUGAAAAUCUGAAACCAGUAGUUAUCGAUGGUAGCAAUGUGGCAAUGAGCCAUGGAAACAAAGAAGUAUUUUCCUGCCGAGGAAUAAAAUUGGCAGUGGAUUGGUUUUUGGAAAGAGGCCACAAAGAUAUUACAGUUUUUGUUCCUGCUUGGAGGAAAGAGCAAUCCCGACCUGAUGCUCUCAUUACAGAUCAGGAAAUUUUACGUAAGUUAGAGAAGGAGAAAAUCCUGGUGUUCACGCCAUCCCGGCGAGUCCAGGGGAGGCGAGUGGUGUGUUACGAUGACAGGUUCAUCGUGAAGCUGGCUUUUGAGUCGGAUGGUAUAAUUGUGUCCAAUGAUAACUACAGGGAUUUGGCUAAUGAAAAACCAGAAUGGAAGAAGUUCAUAGAUGAGCGAUUAUUAAUGUAUUCAUUUGUCAAUGACAAGUUCAUGCCCCCUGAUGACCCUCUUGGCAGACAUGGCCCAAGUCUGGAUAACUUUCUGAGGAAGAAACCUAUUGUUCCUGAACACAAAAAGCAGCCCUGUCCAUAUGGAAAGAAGUGUACCUAUGGACACAAGUGCAAAUAUUACCAUCCUGAAAGGGGCAGCCAGCCUCAGCGGUCAGUGGCGGAUGAACUUCGUGCCAUGUCUAGAAACACAGCAGCCAAAACUGCAAAUGAAGGAGGACUGGUGAAAAGCAACAGUGUUCCUUGUAGCACUAAGGCUGAUAGCACUUCUGAAGUCAAACGAGGUGCUCCAAAGAGGCAAUCAGACCCAAGCAUUCGGACUCAGGUCUACCAAGACCUUGAAGAAAAGCUUCCCACCAAAAACAAAUUGGAAACCAGGUCUGUACCUUCCUUAGUUAGUAUACCGGCUACUUCUAUUGCAAAACCCCAAAGCACUACAUCUUUAAGCAAUGGCCUUCCAUCUGGAGUUCAUUUCCCACCUCAGGAUCAAAGACCACAGGGACAAUAUCCUCCAAUGAUGAUGGCAACCAAAAAUCAUGGAACGCCAAUGCCUUAUGAACAGUAUCCAAAAUGUGACUCUCCUGUUGACAUUGGAUAUUACUCCAUGUUGAAUGCAUAUUCAAAUCUGAGUAUCUCAGGCCCACGAAGUCCUGAAAGGCGUUUCUCAUUAGACACUGAUUAUAGAAUAAGUUCUGUAGCUUCUGACUGCAGCAGUGAAGGGAGCAUGAGCUGCGGGAGCAGUGACUCCUACGUGGGGUACAAUGACCGGUCCUAUGUCAGUUCUCCUGACCCGCAGCUGGAAGAGAAUUUGAAGUGUCAACACAUGCACCCUCACAGCCGCCUUAAUUCCCAACCCUUCCUGCAGAAUUUCCACGACCCCUUAACCAGAGUGCAAAGUUACAGUCAUGAAGAACCAAAGUUCCAUCACAAGCCUCCUCUUCCACAUGUGGCUAUGCAUCUGCAGCACCCUGCUGUGGGGGCCCGGUCCAGCUGUCCCGGGGAUUACCCCUCUCCUCCAAGUUCAGCGCACUCUAAAGCACCACACCUAGGGAGGUCCUUAGUGGCCACGAGAAUAGACAGCAUUUCUGAUUCGCGACUCUAUGACAGUUCUCCAUCAAGACAAAGAAAGCCUUAUUCCCGCCAGGAAGGGCUGGGAAGCUGGGAUAGGCCGAGUUACGGGAUUGAUGCAUAUGGAUAUCGGCAGACUUACUCCUUGCCUGACAGCUCCACACAGCCGUGUUAUGAGCAGUUCACCUUCCAGAGCCUACCUGAACAGCAAGAGCCAACUUGGCGAAUACCAUACUGUGGAAUGCCACAAGAUCCUCCAAGGUACCAAGACAACCGAGAAAAGAUUUAUAUCAACUUGUGCAACAUCUUCCCACCUGACCUUGUGAGAAUUGUCAUGAAAAGGAAUCCUCACAUGACAGAUGCCCAGCAGCUUGCUGCAGCCAUUCUAGUGGAGAAAUCCCAGCUGGGUUAUUGAAAGAUGAUGCAUCUUUGUGGUGUUUAGUAGUUUUUUGUUCAGCUCAAAUGCUGAGGGAGGUUUGCUACAAUAGCACAUGUGAUCUCCUUCUCAGCAAGGAGGUUAUAUAGUAUCCAUUUAUGUGAAAUACUGUAUCAUGGAAUCUGUAUGUAUAGCCCCACAUGGUGGAAGUAUCACGGGAUUGCUUUACAUUCAAACUUUUUUUUAAUAUUUCCUUUUUAAAGCUAUAUCUUCGGCUGGAAAUUUUUCCAGUUUGAUUUAAUAGAUGUAUCUGUGAUCUUUGAUAUUAAUCUUUGGUGCAUCAGGGGUUUAUAUGCAGCACUUUUUAUCCUUGUUUCAUGUUUUAUUAACUUGGUGUUUAUCUAUCAAUUGCAAGCAAUUACAAUACCUUCAGAAUGUGGAAUAUUUGACUAGACUUUGCAAACUAUUUUUUCAAGCCAAGCUUAAUUAGACUCUUUUACAGCUUUUUAAGUUAUUUUUAUUUGGGGAAAGUGGGCUUCUUUGUGCUAUAAUCAUUAUUUAUAGAAACAAAGAUAUACUACAGCACUGACUUUAUAUUUUAAACAAAAUGUAAGUUACCAGUUUAUGUUGAAAUGGGUAACAGUAUAUAUUAGAAUGAUUUACAGUAUGGCACUUUUCAUUGGGGUUUUUUUUGUUUUUUUUUUUUCUGUUAAGAUAUUAGUUAAUCUAGUAUGAUUGAUUUAAAAGAAAGCAGAUGCAAUCAGUGGAAAAAAUUGUUUCCAUUUUUUUUUUAAGAGGGUAAAAGCUGUAACUGUUGCAGGUUAGAGUUUUGUUAUCCAGCUAUGAUGUGCUUCUUCUAGACAGUAGAAAUGGAAUUGAAUUCCUAGAUUUCCAUUAACCUUUAUUUUUAAUAUGUCUGUCUUUUUGUUUUGGGGCACAACAAUACUGGAUUAAAUAACCCUUUAGCAGUA